ACUUCGUUCAUACGUUACGAGAAGCAUCACGUAAAUGCUCGUCUUUUUGUGUCCCCGGCCCCCGCCUAUCUAGACAAACGCAUUGCUCUUUCUCACAUCUUGUCGCACCACCCCUCACUUUCCUACGGUAUUUCUGCUUUCCUCUCCCUCUCUGAUCUCUCUCUCUGUGUGCAAAAGUUUCUGUGUCUCUGCAACUUUGAAGGAGGUUAAAUCAUGGCGGACUGGGGGCCAGUGUUGAUAGCAGUGCUGUUGUUCGUGCUGUUGAGUCCGGGAUUGUUGUUUCAGAUACCGGCGAAAGGAAGGGUGGUGGAGUUUGGGAACAUGCAGACAAGUGGUGCUUCUAUUUUGGUCCAUGCCAUCAUUUACUUUGGCGUCAUCACCAUCCUCCUUAUUGCCAUUGGGGUCCACAUCUAUACUGGUUAAUCUUAAUAAACUUCAUUCCCUCAUUUUCUGGUUUUGUUUAUCAUAGAUCUGUUGGUUUUGGUUUCCAUCUUUCUCUGAUCUCUCUCUCUGUCUCUCUUUUCCUGUUUGGAUCAAGGAUAGCUGGCUUUGAUUCUUCUUGCUUUGUAAUGAAUAUAUAGAUAUGAGGAUGUGGAAUCAUGACAGUACUGUUGAAAAAAAAAAUGCCUUUCAUGUCUCGGAUUUGCAACUUAUGAAUAUGAUGGUAUUGGUACUGAUUAAGAUGGUAUUUGUAUCAAUAAUGUAGAUGAAUAUGAAUAUGAAGAUGGUGCACAAUCAGUUGUAUUUGAUUU